GGAUAAAAUAAGUGAAUUAAACUCCUUUAAUCAUAUAUUGGAGCAAGAAAGGGAUGAUUUAAAUUCAAAGAAACAUGAAUUAGAAGCUGAGGUGGGGUGUAAGGAUUCUGAAAUCACCUCUCUUGGAACUAAAGUAAAUGAACUAGAGAAAGUAGCAGGAAAAGUAUUAUGUAGUUAUGGGUUAAUUAGCUAUCUCAGAUCUAGGGUGAGGGAAUUGGAAGAUCAGUUAGAACAACAAAUAUCCCAGUCAUCUUACAAAUCGAAUAUAAUAGGUGGAGCUAAAGAGGAUCCAGACUCGGCUGAGUUCCUCCUUCAAGAGACUAAUACCCAUUUAGCAGAGCAGGUUUCGAAAGCAUCCAGUAAGACUAAUAAAGUGAUUGGAGGCGCUUCCUCUUUUUCUUCACACCACUCAGAGCUUGAACCCGAUGAAAGCAAAGUAAAAGAUGUGGUGGAGCUCCCAUAG